UGUGGUUGAUUUGACGCACUGUCCCCACUCUUGCGCUCCUGUAAGGCCCGGGGUGCGCAGCGUGGACCACCCUCACUGUGGUGGCGUGCCGGAGGAUAAAUAUAUCCCCCUGCCCUCCUCCACCGCCUCCUCCCGUUGAGUCCGCAACAUCCUGACUGGUCGAAGCUGGCGAUCAUAUGCACGCAGCCCCCCGCACGACGGAUGCAUUAAACAAACAAAGCCCCCUUUUCUUGAUAUUUCUUCUUGUUUGAAGAGCCAGGCUGCCUUCAUCUCGACAGCGAUAGUGUGAAGCGGAUACCAGAGUUCUUCUGUACUUGUUGACAAUGGGGAUCAAGGCUGCCCUCCCCAGAUAUGAGCUAUAUCUCUACACAGCUGUGGUCUCUCUGGCCUUGAUAUGGACUGGCAGUUGGAUAUUUGAAGCUUCAAGUGAGAAUGUAAACAGAAGGGCUUUUAAAGCAAGUGUGAAACCAGGAUGGCAUUACUUUGGAAGGAAAAUGGAUGUUGCAGACUUUGAAUGGAUAAUGUGGUUUUCUACAUUCCGUAACCAUAUCCUUUUUGCUCUCACUGGUCACGUGAUCUUCGCCAAGAUUUUCACUCUGCUAGCUCCGAAGAUUGGUAUAGAUGGAAGUAAGCACAGAUCGUUUAUCUUUGCUGUGUAUGGGGCUCUGGCAGUCCUGAUCACGAUGGGCUGGACCUUCAUGGCCUUGGUUGUGUCUCACUGCAUCGUACUCUACAGUGUUGCUCUGGUCAAGAAGAAGUGGAUGUGUUUCCUAGCAGGCCUGAGCACACUGGCCUCCAUCAAGCUGGAGCCAUAUAACUCCUGGCAGGAAGCACUGGUAACCGGCUCUUUUGACCUGCAAGACAUUCUGUUCUAUGGAGGGUGUGGCUUCAGCAUCAUGCGCUGUAUGAGCUUUGCUUUAGAGAACUGUGAAAAGAAAGAUGGCAACUACACAUUUGGCGACCUGCUCAAGUACAACUUCUACCUCCCUUUCUUCUUCUUUGGACCGAUCAUGACUUUUGACAGGUAUCAUGCCCAGGCAAACAACAUCAAGCUAACUCGAAGGGAGCGAGAGGUUUGGAACAUCACAACCAAAGCAUUGUUACAUUUGUUAAUUAUUCUGGUGGUGGAUGUCUUCUUCCAUUAUCUCUACAUUUUGACAAUCCCAAAUGACAUGAAGCUGGUCACCGAACUUUCUGACUGGUGUCUGGCUGGUCUGGCCUAUUCUAACCUGGUGUAUGACUGGAUAAAAUCAGCCGUAAUGUUUGGGGUCAUCAACACUGUGGCUCGACUGGACCAUCUAGACCCACCUCAGCCUCCUAAGUGUAUCACCAUGCUGUAUGUCUUCGCUGAGACGCACUUUGACAGAGGCAUUAAUGAUUGGCUGUGCAAGUAUGUUUAUGACUACAUUGGAGGGAGUCAUAAUAAAAUCAUCAAAGAGCUCCUUGCAACCUUCUGCACGUUUGCGAUUACCACCUUGUGGCUGGGCCCAUGUGAGGUGGUUUACAUCUGGUCCUUUUUCAACUGUUUUGGCCUCAACUUUGAGCUGUGGGUGGCAAAGUUCUUCUCACUUCCACCGUUUUCUAAAAUAGAGGGUGCUAUGGGUGAAGCAAUGUCGCGUAGGAUCCGUGGUGUGUUCAACGCAGCCAACUUCUGGGCAAUCUGCCUCUACAAUGUUCUUUCCCUUAACAGUUUGGAGUUUGCUAAGAUGGUGGGAAGGAGGCUGAUCUUCAAAGGUUUUCCUCUGUCAACUCUCUCUGUGUUGCUGGUCACCUACUGUGGUGUGCAGCUGGUGAAGGAAAGGGAGCGACAGCAAGCCCUGCUGGAUGAGCCGGGGAAGCCAGCGGACGGCGACAAAGAAAAAGCUGAAUAAAGAGGAAGACGAUCACUGACUUCGUGCGCGGUCACCCCUCACCGUUCCACACUGGGUGUUGGAAGCUGCACUGAACCUGACUGCAGCAGCCAAUCAGCAGCUACAUUCUCCAUCAACCUGUUUUCUUGCUUCAGUCAGACGUGAGGGAAUGUUUUGAACUGUGAAAUAAUCCUCAAGUGCACUUGCUGUGGAUAAUUGCCUGUGGCUCAAAGUCAUCAAUGGUGCAUUUUUGUAUUUCUAUAAUGUCCUAAAAAUGAUUGUUUAGCUACUUAUGGGCCUAGAAUAUACUGGAGGGUCUGACCUAAUGCCUAAUGGUGUCUCUAAGAAUGUGUUUUUAAUGGAGCCACUGUGAGCGGUUGUCCCCUGCAUUUAUUUACUACUCAGACUUGUUUAUGUCCUGUCUGUUUAGUGUCUUCAUUUUGUCUUGGGCACUUUAAAGUGUCAUUGUAAUUCUCCUUGUUGAAGUGGCUUCCCUUUUAAACUUGAAUUUUUUUUCUUUCAAAGGGGUCAUAGUAUAAUUUCUCUCCAUUUUUGUUUUUAAUAGUUAAAUAUGCUUGUGGUUUUAAAAUAUUUCACAAUUCUGUUUGGUGCAUGCAGUCUUCCUCAAAGUAAAGUUUAAGCUUGAGAUGGUGUUUUUGCAGCUCAUUUAUGGUCGGCAUGGGCACCAAAUCAGAUAAUUUCAGUAAAUUCUUUUUUGUACCACCCCACCCCCAACAGUUCUUUUUAAAAGCAAAUAUCACUUCACAUUGUUUACAAAACACUACAGUAUUUUUUAAAUCUUGAGAAAUUUUAUAAUAUGACCCCUUAAAUUGCGAUGUCAUUUAUGGAGUGCAAAUAUCAAAAUUAUAAAUGUUGCACAGGGCCGUGACCAGGUUCCUCUGUGCUCAGCACAUGCAUGAAAUAAGACAUUUCAGUGCUAUUGUUAUAGAAUAUUACAUACUGGGGGCAGUUCUGAGACGGUCACAUCCAUUACAGCUUUCAAUGCUCUUCCUCUGAUCUAGCCGUCGCAGAGAUUUUUUUAUUCUCAAUCAAAUUAAGUAGCGGACACGCCAUAAUUCGCUGGGAUUGCUAGGUUACAGGCUUGGAAAGUGGUAAAAGGCUUGACCAUCUCCUAGAAUCGCCCACAUAUUUUAUUCAAAUGGCAUGAGUGUAAUACAUUUUUAGGGAGUGAGCCAUGGGAUGUUGAGAAGCUGAAGUUUGCCGUGGCAACCCUCUAGAAAUGUCUCUGGGUGCUAUGGAGACAACAGUUCUCCACAUUUCUUUCAGAUUUGAUUGUGUAGUUUACUGAUGUCUGAAAAUGUAUUGAUGAGUUGAUACUAUUGAAUGUAGUUCAAACACUGCAAUGUCUACACUGAAAGCACAAAAUCACUGCUGUUCCAUUACUGUCCAGAGAUCGCAUGUGAAAUUUGACGCAGGGCCAAGAUGAAACUGAGGCCUGUGAUUCACACUGAAAGGCAGCAAGGCCAGAAGUGUUCCUGCCUGUCACCCAAAGCUGCUGCAUGUCUCCUGUGAGGCACACAAACUCUCAUUGCAGUUUGUGCCUUUUCUGAUCAUAUUUAUUUUAAGAUGUUCAAUUCAGAAGUUUGACUUGAAUAAAGUUUUCUUUUAUU